CGGGAUGGGAGCGGCCCCUCUGCCGCCCUGCUGAGCCCGCGGCUGGGGUACGGUGUCCGGCUUUGGGCUUCUCCGUACGAGAGAGAUAAGGAGUGUUGGAGAGGGUGCAGCCGCAGCCACAAAGAUGGUUCAGGGCCUGGAGCAUCUCUUCGUGAGGAGAGACUGCGGGAGCCGGGCCUGUUCAGUCUGGAGGAGAUUGUGAGGGAAUCUCAUGAAUGCGUGUAAAUACCUCAAAGGCGGGUGCCAAGAGGAUGGUUGGUGCCAGACGCUUCUCAGUGGCCCUCAGUGACAGGACGAGGAGUAAUGCCAUAAACUAAAACACAAUAAGUUCCACCUCAGCUUGAGAAAGAACUGCUUGACGCUGAGGGUGGCAGAGCACUGGAACAGGCUGCCCUUGGAUCUCCCUCUCUGGAGACAUUCCAACCCCACCUGGACGUGUUCCCGUGUCACCUGCUGCAGGUGACCCUGCCGUGGAGGGGCUGGACUCGAUGGUCUCCGGAGAUCCUUCCACCCCUGACAAUUCCGUGAUCCGCGGGCUCCCGGCCCAGAGGGAGAGGCAGGAACGCUUGUGCGCGGGCUGUGCUUUCCGGGGGAAGCGGCGCGGCGGGCGCGGUGCGCGGCCAUGGCGCGGCGGGAGCGGGCGGCGGUGGAGCGGCUGCACGGGGUGACGCGGGAGCGCUUCCUGCGGGACAUCUACCCGCGGAGAAAGCCAGUAGUGCUGACAGGACUGGAACUGGGCACUUGCACCACCAAAUGGACAACAGAUUACUUGAGCCAAGCUGAAGGAUCUAAAGAAGUGAAGAUUCACGUUUCUGCAGUGCCACAGAUGGAUUUCCUCAGUAAGAACUUUGUGUAUAGAACUCUGCCUUUUGAUGUGUUUGUACGAAGAGCAGCUGAAGUCAAGCACAAGGAGUACUUUCUUACUGAGGAUGAAAAAUACUAUUUACGAUCAGUGGGUGAAGAUGUUAGGAAGGAUAUUGCAGAUAUCAGGAAGCAGUUUCCUAUUUUAGCAGAAGAUGUUCAUAUUCCAGAGUAUUUUGAGAAGGAACAGUUUUUCUCUAGUGUCUUCCGCAUCAGCUCAGCUGGAUUACAGUUAUGGACACAUUAUGAUGUAAUGGACAACUUCUUAAUCCAAGUCACAGGGAAAAAACGAGUUGUUUUGUACAGUCCUCGAGAUGCACCAUAUUUAUAUUUAUCAGGUACUAAAUCAGAGGUACUUGAUGUGGAUAACCCAGACUUGGAGAAAUAUCCCCUUUUUGUGAAAGCCAAGCGCUAUCAAUGUGUUUUGGAAGCAGGAGAUGUGUUAUUUAUUCCAGCUUUGUGGUUCCAUAAUGUACUUUCUGAGGAAUUUGGAGUGGCACUGAAUGUCUUUUGGAAGCAUCUUCCUGCUGAGUCCUAUGAUAAAACUGACACUUACGGAAAUAAAGAUCCCAUGGCAGCCUCUAGAGCUAUCCAGAUCUUGGACAGAGCCUUGAAAACACUUGAAGAACUACCUGAGGAAUAUAGGGAUUUUUAUGCUCGGAGAAUGGUGCUACGUAUCCAAGAAAAAGCCUAUAGGAAUGAUUAUGGAUAAAGUAACACAUUGUAUUCAGCAAGGUCCCUUGCAAAUAGAAGAUUGUAUGUUAGUAUGGUAUGGAAACUGUCCAUAUGUACUUACAUACACUUUCUGUGAGACCAAUAAUAACUGUCAAUAAACAUUCAUCUGUAACAAAGUUGAUCUUGUAGAUUUUCUUUCUAGUUUUUCAUGUGCAGUGAGGUCACAGCCUGCUUGAUCUGGAGAUGGUCUCUUUUCUACAAUGAGACAGACAUUUGCAGUGCCUCCACUUACAACUGUCCCUUUUUGGAAUGUUCCAUUUACAUUUUUCUGAACAAAAAUUUUGGUAUGUGGGUUGACAGCAUGGAUGCUUAGAAGUAACAGCACGUCUUUGUGAAUGCAACCUCAUUAAAUUUUAGGAAAGCCAUAGUGGCUUCUGAGGAAGUCCAAGCAAGCCAUUGGUGGUAGCUGUAAUGGUCAUGUUUUUUUACGUAAUAACCUGGCAAUUUGUGUAGGGAGUUUCUUCUCCCCCUUGUAGUGAGACAGAGUGGGUAUGGGAAAAAAAAGCAAAAACUAACCAUGCCAGGUUACACUUAGAAUUGUGCAGCUGCUUGACUGCAAUGUAAAUGAUUUACCCUUUUCCUAGCUCAAUAAUGUGCUGCUGGGAGGGAAAUCUUUAUUGUCACUGCCCCAGUGCAGACAGCAUUGUUGUUGCUGCAGCUGUGAAAUACUUGCCACUAAUGUGCCCACAAAUCCAUUCAGAUACAGUCCUAGUAUCUGCAGUGGGUUGCACAGUGGUGGAGUGGACACAGAAUUUGUUGGGAGCUGUAUUUGACAUGCUCUUUGUUACCAUAUGAAAGGGGGUUUGCACAGCACCUUUUGGGAUGGAGCCUGUUGUUUAGGCAUUGUGGAAGGUUACUUUUUCAGCAGAUUGUGGUGCUUACAAAAGCCCUGCGAAAUAAAGGUGGGGAUCUGACAAAAAGGACAGGCUAGUCAUUGUCUCUUUGAAACACCUCUGAUGUUAUUACUUGUGCUGUUAGGGGAAAGCAGCAUUUAUGUGACUUAGGUCAAUCUAUUACUUCUAGCAAUGUUUUUUCUGAAUUGUAACUUGUCAAAAGCUCUUAGACUAAAUAAAUGUGUAGUGUUAAAAAAGUGCUGGAAAAAAGCUUUCUUCAGAAGAGCAGGAGCGUGAACACUGUGCAGAUUAUUCUUCUAAACCUGUUCUUCUUGGCAGUUCAGCACAGUGAAAAUAGUCUGGUACCAUGUGAAUGGGCACCCAGCCACCUCAAUGAAUAAGCAUGAAUGGAACCAGCCAAGCGAUUCUGACGGGCAUCAUUGUACGUUCUGAGGGUAGAAUUUAAAUUUGGGAUCACAAAUAGGUCUCCCAAAAUUUUUGUUCAGAAAGGAACAAGGAUUGCUUGUGCAUACUGCUGAGACAGAAUCUCUCUGCCUGUUAGGCUGAGGUAACCUCUUGGCUUUGUUGGACUGGUAAUGUCAAGGGCCCAUUAUGAAUUGCAGAGGUGAACAGAGCAUAUUCUUUGUGUGUUAGGACUGAAUGGAGAGGUUCAGAGAGCCUGCAGGGCUCAACAAGGCUGUGUUCCAGCAUUGUGCCUGCACAGCCAUCACUUUAAACUAUAAUUGCCAGCAGCUUCUCAAGAUACUGGUACAGAGAAGUAGUGUGCUGAUGCCUCCUUCUGCCAUUCCUUGGGUCUCCAUUCUCAAAAGGGAGGUGUUAGCUUGGUAUUCUCAGGCCCCCUCGACACCCAAGUGCAAAUUUUAUCUUCAUGCUGCCAGCU